CACGUGACGUACCAUAAAGUGACGUAAGAAUCAGCUGACGCCAAGACGGAAGUGCAUCAAAACACGAACUCGUCAAGUGGUCACAUUUUCUUCAGUGUUCUGCUUUCUAGCUUCCUUACGCAUGGAGUCGACACUGGAACAACAUCUUGACGACACCAUGAAAAAUCCAUCUGUGGUUGGCGUUAUAUGUACGGACGAGCAAGGACACAACCUAGCAUGCCGCGGCUCGCUCUCGGACGAGCACGGAGGCGUGGUGUCCGUUUUGGCUAAGCAGGCCGCCACGCUUACCAGGGACCCCACGGACAUGCCCACUGUGUGCCUGGAGUCCGACUCCGGCAACAUUUUGGUGAGGAGUCACGGGAGUGUCACGGUUGCCGUUCACAAGAUUUCCUCCUGAAAAGAUCGUGUACAGAAAAUAUUGAUGCAAAGUUUUUCUGCCCCCAAGAGCACCCCCCGACCGUCCGCGUGUGUCAGCCUGUGAGAGUUUUCAUGAUGUGAUGUACAGAAGCGUCAUCUAUUUCCAAAAUUGCAUCCUCUUUUACAAUAAUAAAUGUGGUCAUGUUUUUGAGCGAUUUGACGUGUUCAUCAGGCAACGAGCAGGAUUUGGACACCGGCCAUUGUAACGCUCUACUUUUAGCAGCAGCAGCAAUUAAUUCUUAUGCUUUGAAUUGUUUUACAGUGGUACCUUGAUUUGUGAGUAAUAAUAAUAAUAUUUCCAAAAAUCAAAACAAAAAAACUUUCUUGGUGUUUACCACUACACAAUUACAGGACUUUUAAGACAUACUGAGCAGUACCCACCCGCUUAGCACGGUUAAAAUCCAAUGUUGGAUUUUUUUUUUAAACAACAAAUGUGGACAUUAUUUAUAUAUAUAU